UGUUACUCCGGCAGAUUCAGUACUCUCGUCCACCGAUCGGGAGAUUUUUCUCUUCAUUACUUUGCGUCGUUCUUCUCACUCAUUGUUCCUCGCAUCGCAAAUACGCGGCUGAAAAAUCCAGGCCCGACGACGCGCUUCUUUUCUGAAGUAAUCUAACAAUAAGACCACUAAGAACAAUGAGCAAGAAGAAAGAUAUGGCAAUUGAUUUUCAAGACAAUAUGAUAUUACUCACACGAAAAUACUUAAAGCGUAAAAUAAUGUGCCCUGAAACAAAGUUCAGGCAUCAUGUCAAUGAACGGUUGCAUGUGCUGGAUUUAGUGAAACGUACUAUUGAGAUAGGCGAAAGCAAUUCUGCCUUGUUAGUUGGACCUAGAGGCAGCGGAAAAACAACGCUUGUUAACAGUGUCUUGAAGGAAUUGUCUGCUUUAAAAAGUUUUAAAGACAACGCGCUAAUAGUGAAUCUUCAUGGACUAGUACACACUGACGAUCGUUUGGCGCUUAAAGAUCUAACUCGUCAGAUGCAGUUGGAGAACGUUGUUGGCGACAAGGUUUUUGGCACAUUUGCAGAAAAUCUAAGCUUCCUUUUGGACUGUCUGAAAUCUGGUGACAAAAACCGCUCGAAACCGGUCGUCUUCGUACUCGACGAGUUUGAUCUGUUUUGUGGACAUCACAACCAAACAUUGUUAUACAAUCUGUUUGACGUUGCUCAAUCUGCACAGGUACCGAUUUGCGUAAUAGGGAUAAGUUGUAGAUUAGAUGUCAUGGAUCUGCUGGAGAAGCGAGUCAAGUCGAGAUUCUCGCAUCGUCAAAUAUUUUUAUUUCCCGGCGACACGUCGUCCUCGGAACAACCAAUGUCCGCGUUCGACGAUCGUCUGGAACUCUUUCGGGACCUCCUCAGCUUACCUGACGAUGAAAAUGUAAAUAAAGUGGAGCAGCAUUACGAUGAUUGUACAAUAGAUCCGCAAUUCGGUUCCAUGUGGAACGACUACAUUAAGAGUUUAAUCACCAAUGUUACGAUGGUGAAUUUACUCAAGAGGAUGUAUCAUAUUGAUGUGAGCGAGAGGAGCUUUAGAAAUUUUCUCGCGGUAGCUGUCUCGACGCUGUCGGAGAAGCAUCAGAAGUUGGAAGUGAAUGAUUUUGUAGAGGCGAGUAAAAUCUUUUCGGAGGACGAUAAAUUGUUGAUACUCGAGGGAUUGUCCAUUUUAGAAAUGUGUUUGAUAAUUGCAAUGAAACAUGAAACGGAGAUUUACGAUGGCGAGCCGUUGAAUUUUGAGGCGGUAUACAAUCGCUAUAUCAAGUUUGCAAACCAGAAUUCCUCUAUACAAUCUGUCCAGAAACCAGUUAUCAUGAAAGCUUUUGAGCAUAUCAAGAACUUGGAGAUCUUGCUGCCAGUUGGAAAUACGAAUACAAAGUUCGAAAAAGAAUAUCAAUAUUACAAAUUUACAUUGACAUCGCAGCAAGUUAUUGAGGCUGUGAAAAAUUACCCAGGUCUUCCCACCGAAGUUUCUCAGUGGGCGGUAAGCAGUAUAUAAUAACGAUAUAGUUUCAAGUAUUCAACCUGUUGUGUUCCAUAAAAACUACACAGUAAUUAAUAAGUUUCUAUUCACGUAGCGACGUAUUUAUAAACUGAAAUUAGACAUAGAUAUUUAUUGCUCUAAUAGAAGUAAUAUACUUGGAAUAGUGUAGAAGUCGGUAGUGUGCUAAUCCUUAGAUACAUUUUUAUAUGUUGAACAUAAUUAUUAAGCUCAUCUCCAUACUCGUAAUUAAUGAUUACUAUGAAAACGAAAUACUGUACGAAGAAAAAUUACAAAUAUGUGACAUUUCAUCGACAUAUUAUGCCCUCCAGAAAAUGUGUGAUACUCUAGUCUUACAUCUCUAGAAUAUUGCUAUUCAUUUAUAUAUCAAAUAUUCAGUUAAAAUUUCUAAAUUUAAUUUAGAAAAUUUUUUAAAGUAUCAAUUACACAUCAUUUAGAAUAAAAAAAUUAAAAGACCACAAAAAUACAAUGAAAUUGUAAAUAUCUUCGAUAUGUAUCAGUACAAUAUCCAAAAGGGAAAAGGAGGGAAUGAUAUUUUGUGAAUAUAUAUUAAAUAUAACGGCCAUCAGGAACAAUUCCUGCCUGCAAUAUACGAAGUAGAGUAUCUGAUAUACACAUUUUCGACAUAUGAUAAAUAAUGGAAGAAGAUGCAUAAAUAUUUAUCGAAAUAUUUUAUUUCCUGUAAGAACUCGUAUUAUCUUAUCGAGUGUCAUGAAUGAUUAGAUAAUUUAUUCGACUGAUAUUUGUGCCACUGGUUAAGCAUCGUGUUAAGAUUCAGUUUGUCUGUGAUCGAUUUAACAUGUCCAUUUAUCUCUGUGUCGUGUGUGCGCGUGCAUGUGUGUCCGCGAUCAAUAUUUAUGUGUAAAUGCGUAAAAAAUCGAGUAUUUAUUAGGAAACUUAUAUCUUUCGUGCACACGCACACGCACACACAUAUCAUUCGGACGUAUUAGAAUGUGAAGAAAUUAGAAUGUGUGCACGUGUCUAUGUUUAUACAUUUAUAAUAAAUUUACAUCUUUGACAAAG